AAAAUGAAUGGUAAUCCAAAUAAACCAAUCAUGACGCAACAGAGCUGCGGGGGAACGGAUCCAUGGAUCCACUCAACGACCCCUACCUGGUUUUGAAAUCUAGUGAGAGAGAAGCAUAGUCAAAAAGUAGUUUUCUCUGUUUCUUCCCACUUCCCUCCCCACUCCUCCAUCUCCAUGGUUGUGGAAAAAAAAAUGAAUGAUGGGUGCCGUAACUUCUGCGCUUUUCCUUUAGCCAACAAAGUCAUCCUAUUGAAAAAGACACGUGUUUUAUGAUCCCGUCUGAAGAUUUCUCUACUUGUACAUUUUCCCUGAAGACGCCAAAUCAUUAGGACUUGGAGCCUGGAGGUGCUGGAGAUCUCGAACAAUCUCAUCUAGGAUGCUGGGUUUCCUGUUACGAGCCUUCUGAUAAUCUAAAGAGUGUGGUUUCGUUUAGAGAAGCUGCGGAGGGAGGAAGACGGAGAAUGGCUAUCAACCCCCGCUGCUCUUUCUGACCAGAAAUUAGGAUCGGGUUUUGGGGUAGUGUUGAUUCGGUUUUCAAAUGCUUUUGCAUUGGAGUUUCUGCAACAAUGCCACGAGCUUCCAUGGCUACCAGCUUUGGAUAUCUAGUCGCCCUUACCCAAGAGAUAGAGAAAAAGCUCCAACGGGCACUCGCCUCACAAUCCCAGAGACUCAACUUGUUGCAAGAGCUGUUCGCGGAUAUAGCAUUAGAGGUUGAUGGCCGUGCCCGAGACAUUAUUCGUACAAGGGAUGAUGACGGAGUUUCUCCUGAGGAGGGUGGAAUCCAGAAUCAGCUAUGUUUUUAUGAUGUGCUUGCUGAUCAUUACAUUAGGGUUCCUGACAGUGGAACACCUAUCCUUGAUUUAAUUGUCCAACUCUGGAGCCAGUCUUUUUCGUCAAAUAUAUUUGCACUCCUUUUCCACAAAUGGUUAUUUGAAGUUCAACUUGAAAAUUCAGAAGUCCUUAUCCGUUACUCCUCUGCCCUUGUCCAUGGUGCGACAAAUGUUUUCUGGAUUGACAUCCAAACGAACACGAGACGCUUCUUCUCUUUAUUCCGCUAUCUUCUUGAUGACGUUGCCCUGGUCCCCAUGCGCUUAAAUAAAAUCACCCCUCAGGCCCAGAGAGAUCUAUAUCUUUUACUCUCCAGGUUCAUAUUCUUUUACAAUUUAGUUGACAAGCUUGAAAUUUUCUUCAAGCAAUUUCCUGUGUUUCCAAAUGCAUUUUUGGUUGGUGGUCCAGCAGACAUUUUUGUUAUUGAGCUCACAGAUCAGCUCCAAAAGUUGAAGGUGGAGCCAGUGCUGCUACAUUACCUUUCCCAGAUAAAAGCCCUUCAGGGCUUGGAGCUGAGGAUGACCACAAGUACAAGGCUUAAGGCGUGCUUGUAUAGCUUCACAUCUCCUGGUGGUCCAAUGUAUCCAACAAGGGCUGUUCGUCAUGCGGCCUGGGAUGCAUUGGAUUUCCUUUUUCCUAUCAUGUGGAGUUUGAUGAAGUGCAUGAAUUACCUGUGGCUUUUGGACUACCAACUAAAGCUAAAUCCACUCAAAAACUAUCAAAUGCCUAUCCUGAAAUGGCAGUUCCAAUGCUGGCAAUCCAUAUGUUUCCUACUGAAUGUUAUAAAGUUGAGCAGAGAAUGUGAGGAAGAAUGGUUAGGAAUCUCUACUCCAUACUAAUGGUUUUUGCUUCAAAAUACAUGUUUGUCAUUAGAAGUAAGACCAGAAAAUUAUUAAUCCUUCAGCCAACCUGGUGUGCUCUGCCCUUUACAUUAUUGCGAAAGGCCUGCUUCUUGGUGAAGUAUGUUUAUGAUUAUGGACUAAAGCCAUUGAUUAAAUCCAUGCAACCCUAAAAAUAGUUAGAUGUUGUAUGUGUCACUUUCAAUGGAGCCUUCAGCCUAGCUCCAGAUUUGGCAGUCAGUAUAGAUUUUUAAGCUUGCUGCUUUCUUUAAAUUAACAGUGCUGGCAAUUGAUCAAUCAGUACAAUGGGUGUGCCCACCCAUAAUCUGUGUUGGAAUUCUAUUCAUGGUGAUCUUUAACAGUACAUAGCUGGCAUUUAUUAUAUAUGGUAAUACAUUGUGCUGUUUAUUGUUCAUGGUUAUGUUUAAGCCAUGUAGCUCGGUAGUAGUAUCGGGUUUGUAAUUUACCCUAAGUUGUAUUGAUCAUGACUCUUAAGGAGUAGUUCUUUAUUUAAUAGAUAUACUCUGCUCACAGUAGAAUACAUACAACCAAGAGCUAGGAUUUCUUCUAGUUAUCUCAUUUGUCUCUCUUCCCUCUUCUUCUUUGCUGAUCCUGGUUAUCAAGAUCAGGUUUUGUCACAAUCUGCAGACCAUUUUGUGUCCCUAUUGGACAUCUAUACUUAGCUUAAGUAAUGGAUAUUUAUGCCAAUCUUAAGAUUUUUUUUUACGCUUGUUUGCAUCGGAAACAGGAGGAAUGCUAUUGUUAUCUAUUAUUCUCACAUGAAGUUCUACCCUUAAGAUAAUCUUAAGGAGAUGUGGCAUUGAUUUCACU